GAAUGCGCCAUAAAACAAACUCCGGUAGUCAGUCCCAUCAGUUAACUUCAUCAGUUGUGUUUCUUUAUGCUGCACUACUCGUGUUUUUUCGUCGGUAAAAUAUUCGCAAAUUCAUUGCCGCUUUCAAUUAUGUACUUGAGUAACAGAGUACACUUGCUCUAAAACAAAGCAUAUACUGGUUUUCGCAGCGACCAUCUUGGAUUUUUUCGAGCAAAUGUCGCAACUGUAUCAAGAACCCCUUUUAUUGCUUUGUCGACCAACAUGGCCAACAUCUUUUCUGGUAUUCCUUUCUCUUGGGAAAGAGUUCUAGUUUGCAAAUCACCUUUAGGAAAGUUACGUUUUUUAUUGCCCAAAGCUCUGUUGUUGAAUCAAACCAAGAUGGGGUUGAUAAAAUCCAAUAAAACCGGUUAAGCGACUAAAAUACCAGAAAGCCAGGCAAAUUGUGUUAAUCCACAAGACAAAACUAUCAGCCACAAUCAGCCACAGCCAUAACCUCUAAUGCAUGCUCUGAUUAUCUAUGUGACAUAGAACUGAAUUGGUUCUUGGUAACCUGCCAAUAGCCUAAUUGGAAGAAGCAUAAAACGUGCUUAUUGUUUACAGUUAUAAAUACUGAACCAAAUCAACCUCGUGGUGCGAUAAUCCGCUACCAAAUCUUUGCCCAAUGCACUAGGAUAUGAUUAUUUGUUUCAUUUAGAGAAAUACCAUAUUUCUUCUGAUAAAUUUAUUUAGUUUAGAAUAAUGUUUGGUGUACCGCAGAACGUCGACCAACGCUCUACUAAUUGGUUGUUUAUGAAUAAUAUUUGAAGAGAGUCCAUCGAGUAUAUUUUCAAGGCCUGAUGUACAUAGCCGUGUUAUCAAAGGCAUCUACAAGGACCAUGUGGUCAUUCAUAUCUAUUUUGACCCAAAGAAAUUUAAUCGCAAGAUAGAUAAUAGUGACAACACCAUAUUUUUUUAUAGUUGUCUGCCAGACUUCGCCCUAUUAGUCGCCGACUGGGACGUCAUGCAAAAUAAGGUCUAUUUAAGCAGUACAUACAUGAAUAAGAUGUUCGGUCGCCUAUGUGUUCAGUAAUUCGUCCACAAUUCUUUCAAACACGGUCUACUGAGACAACUCAAGAAGUACAAGAAAUCACUGGUGGCGUAAUAUUGCCCAUUUAAUAAGGAAACCUUGGACGGAAUAAACCACUUGAAUCGAAGUUCCUUGACAGAAAACCACAAAAUAUGACUAACUUCACCCCGACCACGCCAGCAUUUAACCUUCAGACCGGAAAGGAAGACCAUUUUGUGGCUAAUGUCACAAUUCGUGCCAUAUUCACUCUGAUUGGUGUCUUUGGUAAUGGACUCGUGCUCUUUAUCAUAUCAAGCAAGAAAAUGCGUAAAACUAACAACGACGUUUACUUACUUAGCCUUGCCUGUGCAGAUUUGCUUUAUAUCUGCUUUGCAAAUGCCCGGUACCUUUACAAUUAUUUGGACUAUACUCCAAGAUCAUUAUUCUACUGCAAAGUUGUUUUUCCCAUUCUCAGCGUUCCCUACAGUGCUGGUAUAUUCAUAAUCACCAUCAUGGCCAUUCAGCGUUGUCGUGUUAUACUCAACCCGUGGAGGCCCAAAGAAGGAAUCUGGUGCGCACAUUUAAGCAUUGCUAUCGCUUGGUUUCUCUCACUUCUUGUUGUUCUUCCUGUGACAAUCUUUGCACAGAACAAAGGUGUGUUUUGUCCAAUGAUUGGAGAUGGCUGGUCUAAACACGCUGAUUAUAUUUACUUUGUACUGGUUACUGUAAUUCAGUAUCCAAUUCCUUUGUUAAUCAUCACUUUUGCGUACGUAAGGAUUGGUGUCUACAUGAGAAAACCAAGAGUUCCUAGGCUUAGUGUCAUUGCUAGGGGGAACACUCUCCGCAGUCCAUCUGAUGAAACACGUAAGGAGAGCAUACAAAUCACCAAGACAGUUGGAGUUAUUGUUCUUCUCUUUGCCAUCCUGAUGUUACCGCUACAGAUAGCCAUGCUGACAGGCAUGGGGUUUGGUGUUAGGGAACCCUGGGUAUCCCUUUUGUGGGACUAUGGUGAUGUCUUUGGGACCAUCAACAGCAGUUUGGAUCCAUAUGUUUAUAGCGCACGCACCAAGGAGUAUAGAGAGCUGAUUUCUAAAUGGGUUGCUUGGUUAUGCCCGUGUUAUAAGAAUUAUAAGAGACGCCAAUCUGGAUCCAGGUGCUCUCGGAAUGACCGAAGUGUGUUUCCGACCGGCCACGAGAAGUGCUUCACAAAUGACGAGGUUCUCCGAACAAUCGAGGACGUAUCGAUUCAUUUCCCAGAAAAGAAAGAUUCGAUCCGCAAGCUUUCGUUUAUGCUAAAAAAUGGGAAUGCAAAGAUAACUGAAGACCCGUGUUAAUAUUGGAAAUAAUGGUAAAACAAACAACAGACCAAACCAGCAAUAGCAGAUAAUGUGGAUGCAUGCAAAUGAGAUGCAAAUGAGACAACAAGCAUAUUGUAUGGACCCGAUAGCCCCACUUGUAUGAUACUUAAACAAAAAGAAUAUCUCAUUGCGGGCCCAACUGUAAUAACAGCAAUUCGUGAUAGCAAGGAGAACGCAUUGAUAAAACGCUUGUGGCGCUCAUCCCCAAGGUCGGAAGAAACAGAAGCACUAUUAGCGUGGGCAUGCGUCCAAUCUUUAGUCUAGCAUGUGGAAUUUCCAACCACUCGUAGAUUAAAUUCAUUGUAAAGAGGACCGACACUUUCUUCCCUGUUACUUUGCAAGCCCUGGGUGCUGAUUGAUAGAUUCAGUAUUACUUUACAAGCCCUGGGUGUUGAUGAAUCGAGAUUGAACCCACAACAGAUAACUGGUCUAUUGAUGUUUGACCUUAUGUUGAAUGAAGUCCAUAAUUGGGUUAGACAAUAAGAACAUGGUGUCAAUCCUAGCCAUGUAAAGAGACUUCUUUAUCGAAAUAUUGAAUGACAAAGCUCAUCAAACCAAUAUGAACCAUGGAUUGUGAAAUCCUAGCAAGUGACUUUUAUGGAACAAGUCUUCUCCGAAGCAUUUACAUACUUUGUGUGAAUGAAUUAAAAUACGGGUGUAAAAAUGUAAAGUUAAAAAUAUAUAUACAUAUAAAAACAAUAAAAAAGGGGUAAAUUGCUAAGUCGGGCUUAGAUAAAUGCAGAAUUGAAGCCGUUUAAAAAAACGUAUAGCAAUUUUCCAUAUUGAAAUGAUGCAUGGAUAGUAUAACUUCGUUUGUAGAGAAAUGUUUUCGUGCUUACUGCCAGAUUUAAUUUGUUACCAUCGGUUAAGUUAAAUAUAAGCAAUAAUAAGUAACAGGUCAGCUCUGGUGCGAACAGUCGACGGUGCUUAAUUGCUUAAUUACUUAAUUAAGCAAUUGAUUGCUCAUCCAAUCUGUCAUGUAUAGUAAUGGGCUUUUCAAAAUUAUCUUGGAUGUGAGGCGAGCAUGAAAAUACAUAUAAGAUAUCAGA